AUGCGCACAGCUGUCGCACAGUCUUUAGCGGCCCUUGUGGCUUUGGUCGACCUUGUCCCCACUACCCAUGCCCAGAUCACACCGCAGCAGAUAUAUCAACCGCCGCCGGCCUCAAGCGGGGCGGUUUCACAACAACAGUCCAACCUAACCAAUGGAGUCAAUCCGCAGUACACAGAUCUCCUCGGCAAUGCUCUGUGGUUUUACGAGGCUCAACGAAGCGGUGCUCUCCCCUCCAACAACCGUGUGUCUUGGCGAAACAGCAGCUGCGAGAAUGAUGGCUCCCUCAACAACACCGAUCUGUCUGGUGGCUACUAUGAUGCCGGCGAUUACAUCAAAGCCACCUACCCAUUCUGCUGGACCAUGACCUCGAUCGCCUGGAGCGCGCUUAGCUUUGGUUCGGCUUAUUCGAGAAGCUCGCAAGACGCAUACCUCGAUUCGACACUGCGUUGGGGCCUCGACUGGCUUUCCAAGGCGCAUUCGGAUCAGGACACGUUGUGGGUUCUCGUCGGCAAUCCUGCCGUCGACGACCAAUAUUGGGGUGGCGAUCUCGACAUCCCCGGUCCACGAUCGUCGUACAGCGUCACUCGGCAGAAUCCAGGGACCGACGCCUUUGCGUCCUGCGCUGCCGCCUUUGCCGCAUCAGCCUACCUGUACAGCGGAGAGAGUGGCUUGCUUCCUACCAGCCCAAAUGGCGCCAACCUCGGUGGCGUACCUAGCAUCCGCAAUCGCACCUACUCGGAAGCGCUGUUGCGCCAUGCCGAUGGCCUGUGGGACCUCGCCAUCAACAGCUCGCCCAGGCAGGUCUAUUCGGUGGCACAACCUGUUGCCGGUCAGAGCUACCCAUCGAGCGACUACGAAGAUGACCUUGCCUUCGCCGGCUUGUGGAUGGCUCUGGCUAAAGGGGACGCCAGCUACGUCAAUGAAGCCCUCACGUUCUAUCCGAAUGGCACCAAUGGAUUCGCCAGCACCAACGCUGCCCUCAACUGGGACCGUAAGGUGGCAGCACUGCCCGUCCUUGCUGUUCAAAUGGCUCAGCGCAACACUUCUUUGAUCCCCAACAUGACGCGUUUCCAGACGGAUGCAGAGCUGUACUUUGAUCGCUUGACAGAUGGCAAGAUGCAGUAUGUCAGCCAGACCAAAGGUGGUCUCUACUGGUGGAGUGGUGACAGCGACGCCGCGAGUCUCAACCCUGCCCUGAACGCUGCUUUCAUUGCUGAUCUCUAUUCGAACUUUGCGACAACCUCGGCCAAGACGAGCGCCUACCGAUCUCUUGCCGAUUCGCAGGUCGACUAUCUUCUCGGCGACAACAGCUACAAUGGGCCGUAUAUCGUUGGGCAGCAUCCCAACAGCCCACAAAAUCCUCACUCGGCCAUGGCCUCGGGCGGCACUGAUAUCACCAACAUCAACAACAGUCCGCCCAAGGAAUUGCACGUGCUCUACGGAGCUGUAGUCGGUGGCCCGGACAAGCAGGAUCGCUUCUUUGACCUCCGAGAUGACUACCCUGAGACGGAGAUCGCGCUCGACUACAAUGCGCCCCUCAUAGCCGCCGCCGUCUCGCGGAUUGCCAGAAACGUGACCAAGGAUCCUCCCUACACCACGUCAAGCGGAAGUGCCAACGUCGCCUCGGGACGACCGACCGACGCAGCAUACCCUGCCGGCAAAAGCGGUGGACUCAGCAAGGGCGCCCAGAUCGCCAUUGCCGUCGUUGUCGUCGUCGUCGUGCUUGCCGCUGUCGGUGGUGUGUCUUGGUGGCAGCGCGAACGCCUCAAAUGGUGGUACCGCCAGAAGAAGAUGGGUCUGUAG